AUGGGAGGCAGUUCGCCUGUCGGGAGCUCAAAGAAUGGUGUAAAGGCUAUGACAUCCAAUAAUCCUUCACCUCGAUGGCCUACCCCCAAGGCAACGGGCAAGCCGAAGUCACCAAUCGGGAAAUCGAUCCUCAAAGUCUUGCGCGCUCGGCUGGACCACAUGGGAGGCAACUGGGUCGAUAAACUCCCUAGCAUGCUAUGGGCUCUCUGCACUACUCUGAAAGAGGCAACUGGUGUAACCCCAUUUCAGUUGGUAUAUGGCGGCGAAGUGGUUGUCCCCAUGGAGGUCGGGGUAGAAUCUGAUCAGGUGCAACACUACAACGAAGGGAACGCCGAAUGGAGGUUGAUGGAGCUCGACUUGGUGGAUGAAACAAGGGCAAAAUCCGUCAUUCGGAUAAUGGCUUACCAACACUGCAUAAACCAGAAUUACUAUCGGGGAGUGAUCUCGAGGUCCUUCCAGGUCGGCGACAUCAUCUAA